AUGGACGGAAGCAGAGUGUCUGACUUCAGCAUCAAGCGCAUCCUCUCCCCGCAGCUCGGACACAAGCCGCCAGUGAUGGAGUUUCCACCAGAGGGAUAUCUCCAGGGGAUCCCCAGUGGAUUCAGUCUGGACUCUGGGAACCUCAGGCCUCCUGCGCCGGUCCCAGUACCAGUGUCAGUGCCAGGCUGCCUGCAAUACCAAGGGAUGAGCUUUGGAGAUGUGUUUUACCCGUACGCAGCCGGUUUCCAUCGCACAGACUUCAGCAGCAUUUGUCCAAACCCUGGAGUGUAUGUGCACUUCAGCGGCCGGGACUCUGCAGAUGCUCAGCUGUUGCCGGGUUACCAUGGCUACCACCACACCGAGGUGUCGCAGCCGCGUCAGAAGGGCCGGAUGAGGACCGUGUUCACCGACAGUCAGACCAAGCAGCUCGAGGCGCUGUUCGAGUUUACCGACUACCCGGGGAUGGAGGCGCGCGCUGAGCUAGCGAGGAGCACCGGGCUGAGCGAGGAGACGGUCAGGGUGUGGUUUAAGAACCGCAGGGCCAGGAGGAAGCGACAGCAAAGUGGGUCAAAGGUCAAAUCACCCUCCCCUCCUCCCUGCAUUGGAGCAGAGAAGAGUCUCUUCACCUCCUUCCUCUAA